AUCUGGUGUUAUCCUGCGUGAACUAGAUUUGAACCCCUGGAGGUAGUUUGAAGAUAAUAAUAGUACCACAGUAGUUGAAAACGACGCAUUUAGUUCCCGUCAUAUAGUUAUAUCAACAUGUAUUGGGCACCAUAAACUCUCAAAAUAUGGAUUUUCGAACUUAUUUGUUACGUGCUGCUCAACUAUUUGACGAAGAAGAGUGGAGAUCUCGUGAUAAAUCUCCCGAGGAAGAAGAAGGAGAUACCAGAUGGGGAAAUUGUUUACCAGAAAUAUUAUUAGAAGAUAUUUUCUCUUUGUUGGUACCUAAACACAGACAUGAAGCUUCCCAAGUCUGCAGGACGUGGUACCAGGCAUUUUAUGCUCCGAGAGUUUGGGGGACGUUUGUUCUUAUGGAAACUACAUUAACCAAACGAAGAUUUAACUUAUAUAAAGGUUACCAGAGAGAACUGUGUCCAAGAAAAACUCAAGUUUGUCUUCAGCGAGUUGGACAUCUUUUCAAGAAGAUCAUUAUUACACCGUUAAGUGAUUUUUAUAAUUUGUAUGAAUUUCUGCGAGUUCUCUCAGCUUUCUUGGAGUAUUAUGAGGAGCAUGAAGAAUAUCCAAUGCCUCUUCUCAAAACUUUUGAUUUUACUUUUGCUUGCGAGAAUCGCGGAAUGACUGGAUCUAUUGUUCAUGGAACUGGUGGAAAAAUCUUACAGAUUCUAGAAACAUUGCUUGGAAAUAUGAUUGGUUUAAAACACGUUAGCGUGAAUCAGCUUCUGUUGGGUCCAGAAGAAGUACCUGGGUUGAUGGAAUCACUUGCCAAGAACUGUGCCGAAAGUCUUCAAACGUUAGAGCUUCUCAACUGUUGUAAAGUUCCUUACCCAAUGUCAGAUAUUACUCAAUUUGGUAAUCUGCAUACCCUAACAAUUAGUCCACAACAUCUUGAUGACGAGAUGCUCUUAUUGUUAGCUGGAAUGGGACUGGGAAAGCUUCAUAUUGUUCAAGAUGCCUACACUUGUGAUACGGAACCUAUCAAUUACGAAGUUUGGAAAUUGGUCAAAGAAAUGGCACCAAAUUUCAGGGUAUCCCUUUCCUUGCGUGGGCUGACAAAGAAAGAAAUCGUGAUACAACCCCAUGCCCCAGUUUACUGUGUUGUCUACAGAGCACCAUAUUCUAAAAUUAACUUGGACUUUGCUAGUUCUUUAUGUGAUUAUUACCCACGAUAUUUAGAAGUUUAUGCACAAGAAGGUUUUCCACGUAGUCAUGGCAGUCGCUCGUUUGUAGAUCGUGGCGACACAACCUUUGUACAUCUUGUUAGAAUAUGCCCACGAUUGAAGACCCUUGUCAUUAGAGAACGUAUAUCGUAUGCUACUCUGUUGAUUAUAGCAUCAUUGGGGAAGAACCUAGAGAAUCUGGUUGUCAGAGAAAAUGCACUGAUAAAGAAAAUGGACUGGCCUAUGCUGAGUGGAUGGACUGACGAUUUUUACAGAUUCCUGAAGAAGAAUUCUAAGAAUCUCGAAGACACUACAAGAGAGGUAUCCAUGUUGCUGAAGAAAUCCUGGAAACCGUUACGAGAUGAGGAUUUCAAGAAAGUCAGCAUCAAGCUAUGAGCUAUAAAUGUUAUCAAAAUGGCUUCCAUGAAAAAGAGGUUCAUUGAAACCCUAACUGCAAUUGUUGUUUCUGUACCGUCGCUUCAGAUCAAACUGUAUAAAUAACAACUAAACAACAGCUAAAUGAUCAAAACAACCAGCAUAAAACACCGCUAGAACUUCUGUGUUAAUAUCACUUAUGCAGAAAGAACAGAAAAUUACUUAGACCAGUCUUAAGUGUAAGUUAUAAGAUCUCUUAUUCAUGCUGCAAAAUGAUCUCAGGGUCUUUUGUGAAUUGUGUUCUAGUAAGAUUCAGGGUUUGCAUGCUGGCAGAAAAUAAUGGAUAAUGAGCAAAAGCCGUAAUGAUUUAAUGUGAUUUUAUGAAAAUAACGCCAAAAUAACUAAUAAGGCUAAUAUAUUUUUGUGAAUUUUUGAAUUUUUUGAAUUUGUGGUUUUAAAUUUUUGACUUUUGUUUUGAAUUUUGCCAUUUUUAUUCUGCUACAUUGAUUUUGAAUAAAAAAUUAAACUCGGAA